GCCCACAACCCAGGCCUGUGCCCUGACCGGGAAUCGGACCGUGACUUCCAGGUUCGUGGGGCAACGCUCAACCACUGAACCACACUGGCCAGGCAAGGCUACCUUUUACACUGUGAACAGUAAGUCCUUUACAGAGAGAGCUCCCUUCUGCAGGAAAAGCAGGGCAGCCAGUGUCUCCUAACCAGAUUCUCGCCUUCCUGGAUUAACUAAGGCGGCUUGCUGCAGCCCACCACCUGGCACCUUAGCCCCAACUCCACAGACUGGGAAAACACACUUUUGCCCAGACAUGGUUCUUUGCAGCAGGAACUGUCCCGGUGGAACUGGGCUCACCAAGCCCAUGCCCCAGCCACCAGCUAAAUACCUCCUUCCCGAGGUGACGGUGCUUGACUAUGGAAAGAAAUGCGUGGUCAUUGAUUUAGACGAAACAUUGGUGCACAGCUCCUUCAAGGAACCCAGGCACGCUUCAACAUCUUCUGAACUGUUUUUUCCAAUAAUAAAAACAUUGCCUAUUAGUAAUGCUGAUUUUAUUGUUCCGGUUGAAAUCGAUGGAACUAUACAUCAGGUGUAUGUGCUGAAGCGGCCACACGUGGACGAGUUCCUCCAGAGGAUGGGGCAGCUCUUCGAGUGUGUGCUCUUCACUGCCAGCCUGGCCAAGUAUGCAGACCCUGUGGCUGACCUGCUGGACCGCUGGGGUGUGUUCCGGGCCCGGCUCUUCCGAGAAUCCUGUGUUUUCCAUCGAGGGAACUACGUGAAGGACCUGAGUCGCCUUGGCCGGGAGCUGAGCAAGGUGAUCAUUGUGGACAAUUCUCCGGCCUCCUACAUCUUCCACCCGGAGAAUGCAGUGCCUGUGCAGUCCUGGUUCGAUGACAUGACGGACACGGAGCUGCUGGACCUCAUCCCCUUCUUCGAGGGCCUGAGCCGGGAGGAUGACGUGUACAGCGUGCUGCACAGGCUCUGCAACAGGUAGCCCCGGCCCUGCCCGCGCCUCCCGCCUGCGCUCUCGGCCCCCCGCCUGGGGACCUGCCUGGCCGCCGCGCCCCAGGAGCCAGAAGCAAGGACACUCCGUGCUCCAGGCCACGGGGUGACUGUGGCCAUACCUACCUGUUUUAUUUUUUAAAAACAGAAACAACUAUUUUAAAAUGAACUCUUUUAACGAAUUUCAUAAGGGGACAUGCAUUUUCCUGGAUUUGCUUUUCUUAAAACAUACCAAAAAGAAAAAAAUGGAAAAAAAAAAAAAAAAAAAA